AUGGUCGAAAUUUCAUUGAGAAAAGCCAGGAAUAAUUGGAAGAGUGUGACCGGAGGCUCACCCACCAAGAAUAAAAGUAAAACUACUGAACCUCAAGAAUUAACCUCUAUACCUUAUGAGAGUACAACGAAAGAGGUCUCAAAAAAAAACAAGAAAGAUAAGAAAGACAAAAAGAAGACAGCGGGUAUAAGUCCAUACAGCAAUAUGGAUACUUCAUAUACUGAAUUACCUACGAUCAAUGCAAGAGAGAAAAAUAAAGCUGCAUCAUCAAUGCAACGUAGAUUAUCUGUGCACACGCAAAACUAUAUCCCACCUACUCUAGAUUACUCGAUGCCAUUACCAAUGUCUGCAUUGAAUGGUUUAAAGGAUGGCAAUAUGUCUGCAACAACAUUAGGAUCUGGGGUAGAUAUUAAUGAUAGACCGAUGUAUAGCAAUGGUAAUAAUAACUCUACUAUGAGUCAUGAUUUAGCUAAACAAGCAGCUUCGACUCAGACAACAGCAACCUCUCAAGCAUCUCGUGGAGAACCUAUUACAGACCUAUUACAAAUGUCUGUGUUGAAGGGUAUAUUGUGUGACCCAAAUUUCAACACAAAACAAUUCGUACGUGAACGUCUGGGCAAUGCUUCUGCCGUCGAUAUUGAUGCGUUCACUACAACCCUUACCAUGCUUUCUGAUAGAGUUCAAAUAGAUGUCAAACAAAAUCUGAACAAAUCAUAUAAUGAGAUUUUGCAGGUGAAUGAUGGUUUAUAUGUUGCAUCCAACGAAUUGAAGAUUUUGAGAGAGAAUUUUAAACAGUUAGCAGAUGUAGUAGAAGAAUUUGAUACUAGUGCCAGAAAAAGACUCACACUUCAACAAGAAGCCGAGUCACAACGCAAAAGUCAAGCAUUGUUACCACCGAUCUCUGGUGUUCCAAAGCAGAGAAGAGAUAGAAGUAGUGUGAUGGUCUUAGAUAAAAUAUGGAAGGAAGAAUUGAUGAGAUUGGUCGACACUGUAGAGGGAUCUAAGAAUGUAAUAUUUGAAGGUGGGGCACGUAAGGUGGAUAGACAUAUUAUAUUGAAGAGUAACGAUUGGGUCGAACUAAAUGUUACUACUAUGAGAUUUUUACAAAUUGUAACACUUUAUAUUUUGAAUGAUCUGAUAAUAGUCGCUUCACGCAAUAAAAAUAAUGAUCUAAUGUUGAACCAGUGCCUAGAUCUAAAGACAAUUAACGUGACAAAAGAACCAAACAGUAGUCGUAUUUUAUUUAAGCCAGAUUCUAGGAUUAAUGAAACAGCUGUCGUAAAUGGUGUUAGUUCAAGAAAUGGAAUAACUAAUAGAAAUAUAGGUAACAAUGGUUUACUAUAUGAGACCAGAGAUGAAAAGGAGUGUCUGACUGUGCUCGAUGCAAUUAGAAAAGCUAAGGAUGAGUUGUGCGACAUAUUUCAAACAGAGGUAGAGAACGAGAGAAGAAUCAAAGAAUCAUUUAGAUACCUACAAUCAACACAACAAACACCAAGUGGUGAUAAGUACAACUCAAGAAGUCCAGUGAAAAGUAAUAGACGAAGUGUAGGAGCAUCAAUGACACCAAAACGUAACAGUAGACAUACUUCUAUGACACCAGGUGCUAAUCUCUCUUCAAAUGCAGGAAACGGGGUUGCUGCCGGGUUAGCUUCUUCAACAUCGGGUGUUUCUACUAUUGUGAAUUCGUUCAUGGAUCAAAAUUUGUUACAAAGUCUAACAUUAUCAAUGCAUUCUAACUCUCUAGGGAAUGAUACAAACUCGAUACCAGGCCAGUUGAAAUCCCUAGACGAUAGCAUUGAAGAAGUAGAUGUACAAAUAGCACGUUUAAAAUUUUCUGAAGCAGUUGAUUCUUUAUCAAACAUUGAAGAUAAGAUUAAUCAGUUAUAUGCAAAUUCAUACAAUGGUCAGAAUAGGGGCGACAAUAAUGCUUCUGAUAAUUACACAGGAGACAUAUCGAUGCUAUACAAUUUAUUGAUCCUUAAGAUCAAUCAAAGACGAGAUACUAUAGGGAAUAAGAUCUCACAAUCGGUUUUAUUUGAUAGCGAAAUUUCCCACUUGCUUGCCAAUGUGGUAAUUCUUUCCAAAUUAGGUAUGAAAGAACAAAGUCUGGAUUUAUUCUUACAAAAUAGAACUACAGUUAUCCAGAAAUUGACGCUUCAGAUUGGUUCUUUCGAUAACCCUGUGAAUUAUCUAACACAGCUUGCGGUAGUGCGAUUCCAAACUAUCAAACAAACUAUAUUAAAUUUUGAAAAAGUGUUCCCAGAAUUUUCAAACAAAAAUGCACUUGAUAAUAAAUUUUCAUCUAUUUUAGUGAAUUGGUGUAGUAGUGAGGUCGAUAAACAUUUUCAACUGAUAGAUAAACAAUUAUUAGAUGAUGAAAUGCUCUCACCUGCUUCGAUAAAAUCUACUAGAAAGCAAAUAGAUGAUCUGAAAACAGUAGGUCUGGAUUUUGUAUACAAACUGGACGAUUUUAUUAGAAAAAACACCCAUAAAAUUCGCUAA